AUGGGCGUCUCAGGAGUUACUGUAUCAGUGGGGAUAUUUCCAUGGCAAUGCGUGUCUUCGAAUACCUGCAAUGUCUUCUGGGAUACUGCUGACGGAUGGGACAUGCUUUUCUUCUUUCUGAUGUUGUUUGCUUGGAUAUUCCAAUUUUUCGCUCUCAUCACUGCAGCAGUGGCACUAUUCGUCCUUAGAUUUCGAUACAAAUUUACGCAUCACUUCUGUGGUACACAGGGACUAAUUACUGUGCUCCUUAUUGCUGAACUGGUCUUGUAUGGCAUCGAAUAUGACCGAAAUUUAGGAGGCCUGGAGAACAUUCCUGGAGUAAGUGUGACGCUCGGCUACUCCUACUGGCAGUCACUGGCAGCGACAAUAUUCUCAAUAGCAGCGCUCUUCAUCGGUGGAGCAGCUGCGAAAAGAGCGCGACAUCAUGACUGUGAAUGCUACUAG